ACCAAAUAAAAAUAUUCUACAUUUUCCAUUAUUUUCAACUACUGGGUAUUAUCGCUAUAGUAGACUAUUACAUAAGUAAUAAAGAUUACUUCCAAAAACAAGUGACAUUAAAAAAUAACAAAAAAAAAAAAAAAGAAUUUUGGAUUUGAUAAUAAAAAUGAGGUCAAGUGCGUGGCGUGGGUAGCGAGUAAGUCGGGGUGAUGGGUGCAGCAGCAAAACAAAAUCUGAAAUGGCAUAAUAGCGAACAUCAUCAAGAACAACAACAACGAGAACCAACAACUCAUGUCCUCUGACCGGGGAACUUUCUGGAUCUCUUUAAUAAACCUUCGGAUCUUCUUCAAAGCGGUGCGUUUUAUCCACUUGCUAAACCACCAGACCUAAUUACUCAGGAGAGUAAUCAAGUGUUAUUAUAGUAAGGAGAAUAAUGUCCUCUUCUUUGUCGUCGACCAAUUCGCCGUGCGCCGCGUGCAAGAUUCAGCGCCGGAAGUGCACGCAGGAGUGUGUGUUCGCGCCGUAUUUUCCGCCGGACAACCCGCAGCGCUUUGCCUACGUGCACAAGGUGUUCGGUGCCAGCAACGUCGCAAAGCUUCUCAACGAACUCAACGCGGCGCAGCGCGAGGACGCGGUUAAGUCCCUCGCCUACGAGGCCGAGGCGCGUCUGCGGGACCCCGUCUAUGGCUGCGUCGGUCUCAUCUCCAUCCUCCAGCACCGCCUCAAGCAGUUGCAGACCGAGCUCCACCACGCCAAGAAGGAACUCGCCUCUUACAUCGGACCCCACGCCAUGCUCCCUCCUCCUCCUCCGCCUCCGCCGCAACCGCGCACCUUCUCUCUCUUUCCCUUCAAAACCGCACCUCCCCCUCCUCAUCAGGAUCUUUUCGCCUUCACUGACGACGGUGCUUCCGCUUCUCACUCUUCCCACGCCGCCUUCAACCACCUCGCUGUUCUCUCACCUACCCUCGCCGCCGAUCACGCCUUCCCUCACGCACCCACCCACCCUCUCGCUCUCCCGCACCACCAACACCUAAUGCUCUCCCCUAUGCAAUCCAAGCCCCAAACCGACCCUGCUUAAUUGUUCUGAAUGGAAAGCAAAAAGGGUGUAAAGAAGGAAGAGUGAGAAAGUUGCAGAAAGAGGAAGGAAAGUGGUGAGGGGUAUAUGAGACUGACUAAGCCUGCAUUGUUUUUUGGGUUUGAACUUUUUGAUGAUUUUCUAGGUAGAUGCAUUUUAGAAAGUAGGAUCUGUAUUGAUGUUAGAGAAUGGUUUUUCUAGUAGAGAGAGCAACGGAUUUCUCUUAUCCAUUUUAAGAGUGACAUACCUGAAUUCUCUACUACUUUAAAUACUUAAUCCAUAUUUACAAUUUUUUA